CCAUGUAGCCCGGUUCACUAUACAUCGAGUGUGAAAAGACACUCGACUCCUCCACGUCGCCAUGGCUGAAGCGAAAAAGACGGUCCUGAUUAUUGGUGGCGGCGCCGUGGGAGCCAUUGCAGCCGUCAACUUGGAAGUUGGUGGGCUCGCCGCCGUCACGGUCGUGUUGCGAUCCAACUACAAUGUGGUCAAAGAAAAGGGCUACACAAUCCACAGCUGUGAUCAUGGUGUCUUGGACGGCUGGAGGCCCAGUGUUGUCCGCAACACGGUUCCCAAUCUUGUCGAAGAAGGCAUUCCACCAUACGACUAUGUCAUUCUCUGCACCAAGAACAUUCCCGACGCCUCGCCUACAGCCGUUGAACUGGCCACCCCGGCACUUCCCAAGAACAGCGGCAAGACGACGCUUCUUCUGCUCCAGAACGGGAUUAACAUUGAGAAGCCCUUCCUGAGGGCGCAUCCCAAUGUUCCCAUACUUUCUGGAAUAUCCAUGAUUGGCAGCGCGGAGCCUUCGCCAGGCCACAUUGUGCAUGAUGAAGCCGACAAGCUGCUCAUCGGCGCCUUUCCCACCUCCAACAUCAAUCCUGCGGUGCCCGAGCGCCGAGCCGAGGAGCUUGUAGCGAUCUACGGCAAAGCAGGAAAGACGGACUGCCAGUAUUCACCCGAGGUCCUACAUGACCGUUGGAAGAAGCUCGUGUUCAACGCGGCCUUGAACCCAAUCUGCGCCAUCACGGGCCUGGACGAUGGACGCAUCCGGCUUGCAGACGGCGCACUGGAUGGUCUUGUCAGGCCAGCGAUGCGAGAAAUCGUGGCCGCUGCCAAAGCCGUGAAUGGAGUGGAGCUGGGCGAUGACGUAGUGGAAGCUACCAUCAACAUUGAUCCGCUAGAGAGCUAUCUGAAGCCGAGUAUGCAGCAAGAUCUCGAAAAGGGCAACUGGAUCGAGUUCGAGAACCUAGUGGGCGAGCCGCUCAGGGCAGGAAAGAAUGCUGGUGUUCCCAUGCCGACGCUCGAGGUGCUGUACCACAUUGCGAAAGCGAUCCAAUGGCGCACCAGGGAAAAGAGGGGUCUCGUCAGCGUACCACCGAAAGGUUCCAAUAGCGUCUUGUAGCCUUUGAAUAAGCACUGUUUCAACC